CUCUGCCUUUGGGUCUGUACUGAAAGCCGGCUGUGUCAAUUUCUCCAGCUUCCAGGUCGUGUGGAACAGACAUGCUGACACCACAUUACAGGGUCCCCAGUCUCCUGGUCCUGCUGGGCCCCAUCCUGAUGGCUGUCAGCCGGGCCGCUAUGGACAGCCAAGCAUUAUAUGAGCUUGAGAAAGAGCCGGGCUACUGGGAUGAACAAGCAAGGGCAACGCUGGAUGCUGCACUCAAACUCCGUCCUAGGGAGCACCAGGCCAAGAACAUCAUCCUGUUCCUCGGUGAUGGAAUGGGCGUGUCCACAGUGUCAGCAGCUCGAAUCCUGCGAGGUCAGAUGGAUGGUGGGUCUGGAGAAGAAACAGUGCUGGCCAUGGACACCUUUCCAUAUGUGGCCCUCUCUAAGACCUACAGUGUGGACAAGCAGGUAGCAGACAGUGCUAGCACGGCUACAGCCUACCACUGUGGUGUGAAGGCCAAUGCAAAGACAGUGGGACUCAGCGCUAAGGCGGUAGCCUUCGAGUGUAAUACCACCUUUGGUAACGAGGUCUACUCAGUACUACGGCGUGCUAAAGCACAAGGUAAAUCAGUGGGUAUAGUGACCACCACCCGGGUCCAGCACGCUUCCCCAGCAGCCGCCUAUGCCCACUCUGUCAGCCGGAGCUGGUACAGUGAUGCAGAUCUUCCUUCCAGUGCUCGCGAACAUGGUUGUGUUGACAUUGCAACCCAGCUAGUCACCAAUGUUGACAUUGAUGUGAUUCUUGGUGGAGGCAGGAUGUACAUGACGCCAAAAGGCACCCCAGACCCAGAAUACCCUACCUCCAACUCCCGUAAGGGGGAGCGCAAAGACAAGAGGAACCUCAUUGAUGUGUGGCUGAAGGCUAAACCUAACAAGAUAUCACGCUAUGUUUGGCACAGGAAGGAGUUUGAUGAGAUAAAUGUUAAAAACACUGACCGUCUCAUGGGUCUGUUUGAGCCCAAAGACAUGAGAUUUGAGGUUUUCCGGAAUAGCACGCGUGAUCCAUCCAUUGUGGAAAUGACAGAAAAGGCCAUUCAAAUACUCAAGAAAAAUCCAAAAGGAUAUUUCCUGUUUGUGGAAGGAGGGAGAAUUGAUCAUGGCCACCAUGAUGGCAUUGCCAAACUAGCACUGACAGAAGCUGUGAUGUUUGACCGUGCCAUUCAGCGUGCUGCACAGCUCACCAGAGAACCAGAUACCCUGACAGUGGUCACUGCUGACCACUCUCAUGUCUUCACCUUUGGUGGUAAUACGCCUCGAGGAAACCCCAUCUUUGGACUAGCACCAAAGAAAGCUGAUGACAAAAUGCCUUUCACCAGCAUCCUGUAUGCCAAUGGCCCCGGUUACAUCCAUAUAAAUGGAACUCGAGAGAACAUCACUCUGGUGGAUUACUAUGAUGAAGAAUACAUGCAGCAGGCUGCUGUGCCACUGGAUGCUGAGACACAUGGUGGAGAGGACGUGGCCAUCUAUGCCAAAGGCCCAAUGGCUCACCUGUUCCACGGCGUGAAGGAACAGAAUUAUGUGGCACAUGUCAUGGCCUAUGCUGCCUGUUUGGAGCCCUACACAAACUGCCCUCCUCACCUUCACCAUCACAGUCAUUCCUCAUCUCACUGUGUGAACACACCCUCCAGCCUCUUGUUUUUUGUUCUCAGCCUACUCUUGUUGUUCAGAUGACCCCACCCCACCCCUACACGUUACUUUGUAUGCUUGUAGCAAUAUGCACUUAACACUCACAGGGUACACAUGUGCACUGUAUGCACACAGGCUGUCAACUUAGAAUCCAGGGAUAAAAAUACACAGUACUGUAUUUCUUAAGAGAAAACUAGACACUCUGUUCAUCUACAUUUACAUUCACAGUUGUAACAUGCAUGUAAAUGGAGGCUUAACUUGCAUGUGCAAACUCUAUUCAGGUCCAUACUAACAGUUAUGCAGGCACUUCAAGCUAGUAUAUAUGCAGAUAUGAGAUUGGCAGUAAUUCCUAUAUAAACAGCUCUUCAAGUCAGCUAUUGCGAUUGUUUCCACUGCAGAUCCAUCAACACUUGCAAAAUUUUAUUAAAGCUAUUUCGAGCCUACACUUGCAUAUGUGACCUCUAACUCGCACUAACUUGUCUUUUCAGUAUUUAGUCUGAGUUUUGCCGUUUUUCUUCUUUUCUCAAGUUAAAUACAUUAACUGUAAUCUGAGGCUUUGGACAGCAUAACUUGAAACAAGCAGGCUUGGGCUCUUUGUUUAGCUGUUGGCCACUUCUGCAGGACACAUUGCUGUACAUGCUCAUCACUGCCCAGGUAGAAUAAAUUACUAUGAUGUAAUCCUGAACUAUGAGCAGUCAUGUCACGAUAAGUUCCAACGCUGUCAGACCUUUCAAAAUUUCAGAAAGACUGUGUUUGUCUUUCUGAGUCUUUCAGGUGUAGAAAAUAUUAACUCUUCAUUAAGUAUGUAUCUUGACCUUGUUAGUUCCUAACCAUUUAUGUUUUUCUGUUAAAUUGUCUGUCACUUGAUACAAUAUGUAAUCUAUCUGAAUUGUAAAUGAAUGUAUUUUAUAGGCAAGCUGCAUAUGUAUUUUCAUACCAUUUUUUUCCUGCAGGUGUAUAAGCAUAAAACAUCUGUUUUUCUUUGUCUCUCCAUUUGAUAGAAAUUAUUUUGGGUAACUCCUGACUUU